ACAAGCCUCCAUCAUGCCAACCCCGCCAUCAACCCCACCAUAUCCUCUCACGCCGGUACAGACUCGGUCCCGGUCGCCAUCGACCUUUCCAUCUCCCCCAACCUCCCCGUCUUCUGGAAUGACGAACCCAAUGUCUCCAAUCCAGCCUGCUAUGUCCCUCCAUCAACCAAAUGGCAAGAAAGGUUCAUCAAAGCACAAUAAGAUAUUCCGCCGUGUCCGGGCUGUUUUCCGGUCAUUCCCUAUCAUCACUCCAGCAUGCAAGAUCCCCGUCUCGCUCCACGGAAACCGCCUCCAUGACGGGCACGUUGGUGGGACCCGCAUGACCGGAACCCUGUUUGGGCAUCGGAAAGCUAGGGUUAGUCUUGCCAUCCAAGAAAGCCCCGGGUCCCUACCUAUUUUAUUGCUUGAACUCACAAUUCCCACAGGAAAACUCCUUCAAGAUAUGGGAGUGGGGCUUGUUAGGAUUGCCUUGGAAUGCGAGAAGAAGGCAAAUGAUAAGACGAAGAUUGAGGACGAGCCGAUAUGGACAUUGUUUUGUAAUGGUAGAAAGUGUGGUUAUGCGGUCAAGAGAGAGCCAACCGAUGAAGAUUUAAAUGUAAUGCAAACCUUGCGUGUUGUCUCAAUGGGAGCUGGUGUAAUACCUACAGGAGAUGGAGCAGAUCAGCCUGCAGAUGGAGAAUUAACGUACAUGCGAGCAUUCUUUGAACGUGUGGCAGGGUCCAAAGACUCAGAGACCUAUUAUAUGUUGAAUCCUGAUGGAAACAAUGGACCAGAACUAAGCUUAUUCUUCGUCAGGAUUUGAUCAGAAAGGUAAGGCAAUGUUUGUGGACUAAUUCUAACGAUUGAGAUUAAUAGCUUCUGAUCCUUCUGCUGAAGGUUUACAGAGUUGAUCUUUUGGUGCAAAUGAAUUGGUAAGUUAUAGGUUAUGGGAAAAGUUCGAGAGCAAGAGAAUUAAGGGCAAGACAAAAUCUUCUGCUAUUGGAUUGGAGGGUGUCCUGGUUUCUGGGGGAGGAAGGGCUGAUCACUUUGUUUAAUUUGGGUGAUUAUUUUCAGGGAAUUUUUUCUUUUUUUCUUUUUGUUACAUUAAUUAAUACUUUUAGCUAGGGACUUAAUUUUAGGGUCGAGGGGACGUGAAAUCCCAGUAGAGAUCUUGUCAUGCCCUUUGAAAAAAGGCAGAAACAACCAUGUAAAA